UAAAGGUAUUUCAUGCGUCUUUCUAGCACGUGCAUACUAGAAUGGCGUAUGGGAAAAUACGGGAGCGUCUGCUCCUUAUACUAAGUUCUAUCGCGUGCAUUACUUUAGUUCAGUGCGGACGUGCAGUACAAUUGUCUAAAAAUGAAGACGCAAAUGAUGGUGGCAAAAUGAUAUCAGAACAAAGUCUGUUUGACCACGACGGAUAUGAGGCUUUACCUGAUUUUGAAUAUCUCGGUGGUGACGCCAUUGUUUCUGGGCAAGUCAGUUCUUCUGAAGCAGCCUGGUAUGCCAUGUCUCCAAAGUUGAGGUGUGGUGACGAUUUUAUGAAGGUGCAGCUCAGUGGUCCUGAAGUAGCACAAAUUGAACUUUGUCAAGAUAAUGGGGCAGCUGUUCCCCUAAAUGAGUUGCCACCUCACUGUGGAUCUACCAUACCCACUUACGGAGGUGUUACCUAUGCUACCCCCUAUGAUGGAUGUGGUGUUGCACAACAGGGAGGGAGUUAUGUGAUGCAGAUGCAAUGGCAGGGUAGCCGUGCAGUCAUUUCUUGUCCCAUGACCUCUACAACUGCAAAUGAAACCUUCAUAGGACCUCAUUCUGCUAAAUAUCCGCAACUUCUGCUUCCACUUUAUCCUGAUAAAUUUACUCCACAAAAAAGUACAAUGCCAGAACCAUCUGCAGCACACAAGCCUCCACCUUAUGGGUACCCUGAAGUGUUUCCACAAGCAGGGAAACCUCUAUCAGAUGCCCAAGUGCCAAACCAGAAACCUCAGUUUCCAAAGGACCCCCAAAUGAUGUGGCCAUAUCCCUACUCCCAAUCCCAGUAUCCUGGUAAGGGCUAUCCCACAGCUGAGCCUGCAGGGGACUCUUCAACAGAGGACCAGGCACCAGACCAGAAACCUCAGUUUCCAAAGGAUCCCCAUAUGAUGUGGCCAUAUCCCAUAGCUAAACCAGGAGGGAAACUUCCAUCAGAUGCCCAAGUGCCAAACCAGAAACCUCAGUUUCCAAAGGACCCCCAAAUGAUGUGGCCAUAUCCCUACUCCCAAUCCCAGUAUCCUGGUAAGGGCUAUCCCACAGCUGAGCCUGCAGGGGAAUCUUCAACAGAUGACCAGGCACCAGACCAGAAACCUCAGUUUCCAAAGGAUCCCCAUAUGAUGUGGCCAUAUCCCAUAGCUAAACCAGGAGGGAAGCUUCCAUCAGAUGCCCAAGUGCCAAACCAGAAACCUCAGUUUCCAAAGGACCCCCAAAUGAUGUGGCCAUAUCCCUACUCCCAAUCCCAGUAUCCUGGUAAGGGCUAUCCCACAGCUGAGCCUGCAGGGGACUCUUCAACAGAGGACCAGGCACCAGACCAGAAACCUCAGUUUCCAAAGGAUCCCCAUAUGAUGUGGCCAUAUCCCAUAGCUAAACCAGGAGGGAAACUUCCAUCAGAUGCCCAAGUGCCAAACCAGAAACCUCAGUUUCCAAAGGACCCCCAAAUGAUGUGGCCAUAUCCCUACUCCCAAUCCCAGUAUCCUGGUAAGGGCUAUCCCACAGCUGAGCCUGCAGGGGACUCUUCAACAGAGGACCAGGCACCAGACCAGAAACCUCAGUUUCCAAAGGAUCCCCAUAUGAUGUGGCCAUAUCCCAUAGCUAAACCAGGAGGGAAACUUCCAUCAGAUGCCCAAGUGCCAAACCAGAAACCUCAGUUUCCAAAGGACCCCCAAAUGAUGUGGCCAUAUCCCUACUCCCAAUCCCAGUAUCCUGGUAAGGGCUAUCCCACAGCUGAGCCUGCAGGGGACUCUUCAACAGAGGACCAGGCACCAGACCAGAAACCUCAGUUUCCAAAGGAUCCCCAUAUGAUGUGGCCAUAUCCCAUAGCUAAACCAGGAGGGAAGCUUCCAUCAGAUGCCCAAGUGCCAAACCAGAAACCUCCAUUUCCAAAGGACCCCCAAAUGAUGUGGCCAUAUCCCUACUCCCAAUCCCAGUAUCCUGGUAAGGGCUAUCCCACAGCUGAGCCUGCAGGGGAAUCUUCAACAGAUGACCAGGCACCAGACCAGAAACCUCCAUUUCCAAAGGACCCCCAUAUGAUGUGGCCAUAUCCCUACUCCCAAUCCCAGUAUCCUGGUAAGGGCUAUCCCACAGCUGAGCCUGCAGGGGAAUCUUCAACAGAUGACCAGGCACCAGACCAGAAACCUCAGUUUCCAAAGGAUCCCCAUAUGAUGUGGCCAUAUCCCAUAGCUAAACCAGGAGGGAAGCUUCCAUCAGAUGCCCAAGUGCCAAACCAGAAACCUCCAUUUCCAAAGGACCCCCAUAUGAUGUGGCCAUAUCCCUACUCCCAAUCCCAGUAUCCUGGUAAGGGCUAUCCCACAGCUGAGCCUGCAGGAGAAUCUUCAACCGAUGACCAGGCACCAGACCAGAAACCUCAGUUUCCAAAGGACCCCCAUAUGAUGUGGCCAUAUCCCAUAGCUAAACCAGGAGGGAAGCUUCCAUCAGAUGCCCAAGUGCCAAACCAGAAACCUCAGUUUCCAAAGGACCCCCAAAUGAUGUGGCCAUAUCCCUACUCCCAAUCCCAGUAUCCUGGUAAGGGCUAUCCCACAGCUGAGCCUGCAGGGGAAUCUUCUACAGAUGACCAGAAACCUCAGUUUCCAAAGGACCCCCAUAUGAUGUGGCCAUAUCCCAUAGCUAAACCAGGAGGGAAGCUUCCAUCAGAUGCCCAAGUGCCAAACCAGAAACCUCAGUUUCCAAAGGACCCCCAAAUGAUGUGGCCAUAUCCAUACUCCCAAUCCCAGUAUCCUGGUAAGGGCUAUCCCACAGCUGAGCCUGCAGGGGAAUCUUCUACAGAUGACCAGGCACCAGACCAGAAACCUCAGUUUCCAAAGGACCCCCAUAUGAUGUGGCCAUAUCCCAUAGCUAAACCAGGAGGGAAACUUCCAUCAGAUGCCCAAGUUCCAAACCAGAAACCUCAGUUUCCAAAGGACCCCCAAAUGAUGUGGCCAUAUCCCUACUCCCAAUCCCAGUAUCCUGGUAAGGGCUAUCCCACAGCUGAGCCUGCAGGGGAAUCUUCUACAGAUGACCAGAAACCUCCAUUUCCAAAGGACCCCCAAAUGAUGUGGCCAUAUCCCUACUCCCAAUCCCAGUAUCCUGGUAAGGGUUAUCCCACAGCUGAGCCUGCAGGGGAAUCUUCUACAGAUGACCAGGCACCAGACCAGAAACCUCAGUUUCCAAAGGACCCCCAAAUUAUGUGGCCAUAUCCCAUAGCUAAACCAGGAGGGAAACUUCCAUCAGAUGCCCAAGUGCCAACCCAGAAACCUCCAUUUCCAAAGGACCCCCAUAUGAUGUGGCCCUAUCCCAUAGCGAAACCAGGAGGGAAACUUCCAUCAGAUGCCCAAGUGCCAACCCAGAAACCUCCGUUUCCAAAGGACCCUCACAUGAUGUGGCCAUAUCCCAUAGCUAAACCAGGAGGGAAACUUCCAUCAGAUGCCCAAGUGCCAACCCAGAAACCUCAGUUUCCAAAGGACCCCCAAAUGAUGUGGCCAUAUCCCUACUCCCAAUCCCAGUAUCCUGGUAAGGGCUAUCCCACAGCUGAGCCUGCAGGGGAAUCUUCUACAGAUGACCAGGCACCAGACCAGAAACCUCAGUUUCCAAAGGACCCCCAUAUGAUGUGGCCAUAUCCCAUAGCUAAACCAGGAGGGAAACUUCCAUCAGAUGCCCAAGUGCCAAACCAGAAACCUCAGUUUCCAAAGGACCCCCAAAUGAUGUGGCCAUAUCCCAUAGCUAAACCAGGAGGGAAGCUUCCAUCAGAUGCCCAAGUGCCAAACCAGAAACCUCAGUUUCCAAAGGACCCCCAAAUGAUGUGGCCAUAUCCCUACUCCCAAUCCCAGUAUCCUGGUAAGGGCUAUCCCACAGCUGAGCCUGCAGGGGAAUCUUCUACAGAUGACCAGGCACCAGACCAGAAACCUCAGUUUCCAAAGGACCCCCAUAUGAUGUGGCCAUAUCCCAUAGCUAAACCAGGAGGGAAACUUCCAUCAGAUGCCCAAGUGCCAAACCAGAAACCUCAGUUUCCAAAGGACCCCCAAAUGAUGUGGCCAUAUCCCUACUCCCAAUCCCAGUAUCCUGGUAAGGGCUAUCCCACAGCUGAGCCUGCAGGGGAAUCUUCUACAGAUGACCAGGCACCAGACCAGAAACCUCAGUUUCCAAAGGACCCCCAUAUGAUGUGGCCAUAUCCCAUAGCUAAACCAGGAGGGAAACUUCCAUCAGAUGCCCAAGUGCCAAACCAGAAACCUCAGUUUCCAAAGGACCCCCAAAUGAUGUGGCCAUAUCCCAUAGCUAAACCAGGAGGGAAGCUUCCAUCAGAUGCCCAAGUGCCAAACCAGAAACCUCAGUUUCCAAAGGACCCCCAAAUGAUGUGGCCAUAUCCCUACUCCCAAUCCCAGUAUCCUGGUAAGGGCUAUCCCACAGCUGAGCCUGCAGGGGAAUCUUCUACAGAUGACCAGGCACCAGACCAGAAACCUCAGUUUCCAAAGGACCCCCAUAUGAUGUGGCCAUAUCCCAUAGCUAAACCAGGAGGGAAACUUCCAUCAGAUGCCCAAGUGCCAAACCAGAAACCUCAGUUUCCAAAGGACCCCCAAAUGAUGUGGCCAUAUCCCUACUCCCAAUCCCAGUAUCCUGGUAAGGGCUAUCCCACAGCUGAGCCUGCAGGGGAAUCUUCUACAGAUGACCAGGCACCAGACCAGAAACCUCAGUUUCCAAAGGACCCCCAUAUGUGGCAGAAACCGCAUCCCCCAGUUUACCCUGGAAGUCUGUUCCCCCAGUAUAGCCAUUUUCCAGAUUAUUUGCAGCAGUUUUAUUCACAACACCCUGUGCAGCCUCUGAAAACCCCUACUGCACCACCUAUAACCACCACUCCUCAACCCUGUACUACAACUGCAGCUGCUGAAUGUGUUCCUUCUGCCAACCAGCCUCCCAAAGAGCCACCCCAAUACUAUAAACCACCCAGUUAUAUGCGUUAUGAAAAAGACCCCUUUGCACUUAAAUUUGUGGAUUUUUCCGAAAUUGAUCGCAAAUCCUUCCCAAGAAGUUGAGUACCAAGGAUGUCCAUUUAAGAUUAGGUUGGUAAUGUCAUCCAUGUGGCUUUGAAAAAAAAAAAAGGUUUGCCUCCUGAUUUUAGUGCUAAUAUAGGUUGUAAAUGGGGUGACCGCAAAGUGACUCCUGUGCAUUUGUUUUGUCCUUGUACUCUGAAAUGAUUCAAUAAAUCAAAUGGUCAAACA